AUGUCAAGCGAUCAGCGAAUCCACCUCGACGGAUCCUCAGCUGCUGAGCUCCCCGCCUUGGGGGAGCAUCCCCCACAUGAUGAAACCCACGACGAACGCCCCGCGGCAGUAUCAGAACGCUACUGGCGACUGUUCAAUGACCCAGGCUUGUCGCCCCCCGGCGGCGCACCCGUCGGCCCGUCGCAAGUGUCACCCGAGGCCUUUCAUGACCUCGCCCACCAAGUCCGGACCCUGACAAGCAUGGUCCAGACCAUCAUCCUGAUCGUCUCCCAACGGACCCCUCCGCACGCGACCCGGCUCUCACCACAACGGGAGACCCCUGUCCAGACUCGCGCACCACUUCCUGAGCCCCCCAUCUCACUUCAAAACCCCGCAGCUCGGCCCAGGAGCCGAGAAGCAGAAGAAACGGCGAGCCGUCCCGAGCCCGAGGCUCCGACCGCCGAUUCGACAAAUGCCCUACGGACUCAACUGCGCCUCGUCAGUCAAAGGCUUGACGAGGUACAACAGGAGGUUCGCAAGUCAAGGGGAGAGCUCGGGACGGACGGGCACCAAGCAUCUCCGUUCACCCCCGAGAUACAAGAUCAGGCGAUCCCGCUGCACUUCCGCCUCCCCUCGCUAGACGCGUAUGACGGCACCACCGACCCAGCGGACCACGUAGCCGCUUUUCGCGCCCAGAUGGCGCUGUUCGGGACUUCAGACGCCCUGAUGUGCAGGGCAUUCCCAACGACUCUGCGGGGACCGGCCCGCACGUGGUACAACGGCCUGAAGCCGGGGACCAUCGCCUCCUUCGAUCAGCUCGCCAAGGAUUUUGAGCUUAACUUCCUGGCAUACGCUCGACCAAAGCCGUCCAUGGCGUUGCUCCUGGGGCUCAACCAGAAGGAGGAUGAGCCCCUCUCCCAUUUUGUGAACCGAUUUACGACGCAAAUAUGUGGAUUGUCGGAUGCUCACCCCUCUCUCUUGAUGCAGACCUUCAUGACUGGCCUGCGCCCCUCCAGGUUCUUCUGGUCGCUCGUAGAGCGGCCCCCGGCUGCGGUUCCCGAGAUGCUCCAGCGCGCCAGUCAGUUUAUCACCGUGGAAACCUGGAUGGCUGGAAAGCGGGAGGAGCACAAAAAGGUCAAGUUAGAGUCGCCUCGACAGCAACAACCCGCCACCUCCCGGCGAAAGUUGGACAUACCUGACCUGAGGCCCCCUCUUCCCGCCUUGAAUUCCUCCCGGACUGAAAUAUUCCUACACGAGAGGGGAAAGGGGCUCCUCAGGGACCCUCACCCGAUGAAGAACCCGCGGGAGCUCGCGGACCGUUCGAAGUAUUGCCGAUUCCAUCGACAGCACGGGCAUGACACUGAGUAG